CCAGUCGCAGGGCGCACGGUCACGGAGCUUCUCUUCAACUUUUUAUGCUGAAAUUCUUGCUGUUGCCUCUUCCAGGAAACAAUGCCUUUCAUCUCGCAAAUUCAACGUCAGUCUGAUUACAAUCUCUUCAGUUCCACAACUCCGAUCGUCAUUGACAAUGGCGCAUCAUAUUUUCGUAUCGGAUGGGCAGGAGAGACUGAUCCCCGUGUUGUUUUCCGCAACAUUGUGCAAAGGCCACGCCAUAAAGUCACUGGUGAAACUGUUACUAUUGUUGGUGAUCAUAAUCCAGCAUUAAUGAAAUACUUUGACUGUACUCGCUCUGGACCACGCUCGGCAUUUGAUAGCAAUGUUGUUUACCAGUUUGAGAUAAUGGAAUACAUUCUCGACUUUGGCUUUGACCGGAUCGGUGCAAAUGGAUCAGAGAUUGAUCAUCCUGUCCUGAUCACAGAAUGUGUGUGUAAUCCUGUUCAAUCUCGUAGUAAAAUGGCAGAACUUCUUUUUGAGACUUAUGGUGUUCCAUCAAUAGCGUUUGGGGUUGAUGGAGCUUUCAGCUACAAGUAUAAUCAACACCAUGGAGUUUGCAAUAAAGAUGGCCUUGCUAUGUGUCCUGGAUUUACCACAACCCAUGUGAUUCCGUUUGUAGACGGGGAACCUGUUUAUAAAGGUUGCUGCCGUACAAAUAUUGGGGGCUUCCAUGUAACUGAUUAUUUAAAGCAGCUUCUUUCACUUAAAUAUCCCUACCAUCUGGCUAGAUUUACAUGGGAAAAGGUUGAAGACCUGAAGAUGGAACAUUGUUACAUUGCACAGGAUUAUGCUUCUGAAGCUCGGCUGUUUCAGAGAGGAGGGAAGGAAGCUGAAGAGAAAACCAGAUGUUGGCAGCUCCCUUGGGUUCCACCACCAACUGAGGAGCCUCCUUCUGAGGAAGAGAUUGCAAGGAAGGCAGCAAUUAGAGAGAAACAAGGUCAAAGGUUGCGAGAAAUGGCUGAGGCAAAGAGAUCAUCCAGAAUAAAUGAACUGGAAAAUGAAUUGCAUGGCUUGGAAUUUCUCUUACAGCAGCUUGGGCAAGUAGAGGAGAGUGACAUUCCAUCUUUCCUAUCAGACACUGGCUAUGUCUCUAAGCAGGAGAUUGAAUCUGCACGUGUCAAAGUUACACAAUCUUUACGGAAAGCAAAAGGUGAACCAAAGAGUGAGCAAGCUGAAACUGAAAAGGCUGACUCUGCUAAUAGCGAGAAGUAUUCUCUUAUAAACAUCCCUGAUGAAACACUAACCCCAGAACAGCUUAUUGAAAAGAAGAAGCAGUUGUCACUCAAGUCCAUGUCUGAAGGGCGGCAGCGAUCAAAACAGAAACGUUAUGAGGAGGAAAUGCAACGAGAGAGGCGAUUACAACUAGAGGAGGAGAAACGCCUAGAGAACCCAGAGCUUUACCUGGAGCAAUUGCAUGCUAAAUACAAAAAUCUAUCGGAAAAAGUUGACCAACGAAAAAGACUUAAGACAAAUGGAAACCACACAAAUGGAAAUAAUUUGUCUGGUGGUGUUGGUCGUGGUGAGAGGCUAAAUGCUGCCCAAAGGGAAAGAAUGCGCCUUUUGACAACUGCAGCCUUUGAUCGUGGUAAAGGUGAGGAUACAUUUGGUGCCAGAGAUGAAGAUUGGCAACUUUACAAAUUGAUGAGUAAGGAUAAUGACGACGAUGAUGAGGGACCGGAUGAGGAUGAGACAGAAUUGGCCCGCAUCUCUUCUAGGCUCCAGGAUUUGGAUCCUACAUUUGUACCCAAGUUAGAAACUGGUAAUGCGCAAUCUGCUGAGGUGGUGCCACGUUUUCGACCUCUCAGCAAAGAGGAUUUUCAGAUUGUUCUUGGUGUCGAAAGAUUCAGAUGUCCUGAGAUUUUGUUCAAUCCAAACUGGAUUGGGGUUGAUCAGGUAGGGUUAGACGAGAUGGCCGGGGUCUCCAUAAGGAGAUUGCCAGAUAAAGAUGAAAGUCUGGAAGAGAGACUAACUGAUUCCAUACUUGUGACUGGUGGAAGUUCUGUGUUUCCUGGUAUGAUUGAACGCCUUGAAGCUGGGAUUAGGAUGAUUAGACCCUGCGGAUCGCCCAUAAAAAUAGUUAGAGCAUUGGAUCCAGUUUUGGAUGCCUGGAGGGGCGCUUCUGCUUAUGCCUCAGCUUCACUUUUUCAUACACAAACUUUCAGUAGGACGGAUUAUUAUGAAAAGGGUGAAGAUUGGCUUCGCAGUUAUCAUCUCAGAUACACAUUAUAGUUGACUUCAUUGCCAAUUGUUGUAUGCUGUCUUAACUGGAAUACCUAACCUUAAUUCAUAUAAAUUAUUUUUAUGCAUGAUUUAUAUUUUGCUGUU